AUGGAUACAACAACUUCUACUUCGCCGUCGACUACAUUAGCAGCCGAUAGUAUAACGCAAACAAGUACGAUAGAAACCACUGUAUCGAAUACACAAUCUACAACUUCAUCGCCAACCGGGUCCAGCCAACAUGCAACAACAGACUACAACUCUCUCAACAUUGCUAUAGGAGUCGGAAUAGGAGUCGGUAUCGCAUUGGUUCUUCUGAUUAUUGCUUGUGUCCCCGUGUUCAAGUGGUGGAAACGACGCCGACAGGCUGCUCAUGGACAAUUUCAAUAUAAUCAUCAAGCACCAUCGCAUCAGUUUCAAAACCAAUAUCAGAAUCGAUUUCAGGUGUAUCAUCAGCCGCCCCGGGAUAUACAAGCUCCUUACUUUUAUCCAGAGGCAGCUGGCACGAAUCGAACUUCUACGAUCGGAUGUCCGCCGGGCUUUCAUCUAGAAACGGCAGAUGUUACUUUCCAAACUCCAGCUAAUAGACUACCAAAUUCUUAUCCAGAGAGCGCCGAUAGCGCUUAUCGAAAUCCUUCGAAUCGAUAUACCCCGAACUAUUUUCCAGAAGCAGUUGGAGUGGAUCAAAUUUCUACAAAUACAUUCCCACCAAACUAUUUCUCGGGGACCAUUGGAGCGGAUCAGAAUUCUGCGAAUAGCCUUCUACCAAACUAUUCUCUGGAAGCAAUUGGAGUGAAUCAGAAUUUUGCGGAUAGAGGUCCUUCCAUCCUUUAUCCAGAGAGCGUCGAAAGAGUUUAUCGAAGUCCUACGAAUAGACGUACGGCUGUGUUUGAAAUGAGUGAUAAGAGGCAGACGGAUUCGUGGGUUAAAGAGAUGAUGAUAGCUAAUCAAGAAGAGUUAUGGAUGGAAUCGCCCAUACGAUAA